UUUUCUUCUUCAGAAUACUAGUACUAUAUACGCCAGUAGUUGUUCUGGGAGCAGCUUUAAAUAAUGGAUAUUUCUUCCUCUCAUUUCUUCAAUUCACAGUUAGUGUUUUUCAAGUGUCAUUUUCUUUAGUUUCACACAUUCAUUCUUGGUUCAUAUUGAUCUAUUCAAAACACAACUACAACUCCAACUAUAGUUCUUGGUUUUAGAGCAAAAACAAAAACAAAACCAAUCAAUACAUCCUCAGUGAAAAAUAAGUAAGUCAAAGAGAGAGAGGGUUUGCAAUGUCAUCACAGGAUACAACUGAGGACAUAAAUAAGGUAGAGUACUGGAGAUGGACUGAAGAACAGGGUAUAGAGCUUGGGUCUAUAGAAAAACCAGAGAAAAAUUUACAAACAGUAGAAGAAGGAGAAGCACAAGUGAGUGAAAAACAAGUAGUAAUGGAGGAGAAGAUGAGUAAUAGUAAUGAUAAUAAAGAAAAGAAAUUGGAUGAGAGUAAUAAUAAAGAGAAUCAUACUAAGAAACAGCAACAAGUAGUUAUUGAAGAUGAGGAGAAGAAACCCAUUAAUUCUUUAGCUCCAGUUGGAUUUAAGGAAUUGUUUAGAUUUGCUGAUAAUUUGGAUUAUGUUUUAAUGGUGAUUGGUACAUUAGGUGCUAUUGUUCAUGGUUGUUCUUUACCUUUGUUCCUUAGAUUCUUUGCUGAUCUUGUUAAUUCUUUUGGUGCUAAUAUUAAUCAUAUUGACAAAAUGAUGGAUGAAGUCCUGAAGUAUGCAUUUUACUUUCUUGUUGUUGGUGCAUCAAUUUGGGCAUCCUCAUGGGCAGAGAUAUCAUGUUGGAUGUGGACUGGAGAAAGACAAUCAGCAAAAAUGAGAAUCAAAUAUUUAGAAGCAGCAUUAAACCAAGAUGUUCAAUACUUUGAUACAGAAGUUAGAACUUCUGAUGUUGUUAUUGCUAUCAAUACUGAUGCUGUACUAGUCCAAGAUGCCAUUAGUGAGAAGUUGGGAAAUUUCAUGCAUUAUAUGGCAACAUUUGUGACUGGAUUUAUAGUAGGAUUUACUGCUGUUUGGCAAUUAGCUUUACUUACACUUGGAGUAGUACCUGUAAUUGCUUUGAUUGGAGGUAUUCAUACUACUACAUUAUCCAAAUUCACUUCCAAAAGUCAAGAAUCUCUGUCUCAAGCUGGAAAUAUAAUUGAACAGACAGUGGGUCAAAUAAGAACAGUCUUCUCAUAUGUUGGUGAAUCAAGAGCAUUACAAGCUUAUUCCACUGCACUAAGGAAUUCUCAAAAAAUUGGUUAUAGAAUUGGAUUGGCUAAAGGGAUUGGUUUGGGUGCAACUUUCUUCACUGUCUUCUGUUGUUAUGCUCUUCUUUUGUGGUAUGGAGGUUAUUUAGUUCGUCACCACGAUACCAAUGGUGGUCUUGCCAUUGCUACCAUGUUUGCUGUCAUGAUUGGUGGAUUGGGAUUGGGUCAAGCAGCUCCAAGUAUGGCAGCAUUUGCUAAAGCUAAAGUAGCAGCAGCAAGAAUCUUCCAAAUUAUUGAUCACAAACCAAGUAUUGAUAAAAAUGCGGAAACGGGGCUCGAAUUAGAUUCAGUAACAGGACAUGUUGAAUUGAAAAACAUCAAUUUCUCAUACCCAUCAAGACCAGAUGUUCAAAUCCUAAACAACUUCUCAUUAAAUCUUCCGGCCGGAAAAACCAUUGCCAUAGUAGGAAGCAGUGGUUCUGGUAAAAGUACUGUUGUUUCUCUAAUCGAAAGAUUCUACGAUCCAUCUUCAGGGGAAGUAUUGGUAGAUGGGAAAGACAUAAAGACAUUGAAAUUAAGAUGGUUGAGACAACAAAUUGGACUUGUAAGCCAAGAACCAGCCUUAUUUGCAACAUCCAUCAAAGAAAACAUGCUCUUAGGUAGAACUGAUGCUAUCCAAGUUGAGAUAGAAGAAGCAGCCAGAGUUGCUAAUGCUCAUUCAUUCAUUAUCAAACUCGCCGAAGGUUAUGAUACUCAGGUAGGAGAAAGAGGGUCUCAUUUAUCUGGAGGACAGAAACAAAGGAUUGCUAUUGCCAGAGCAAUGCUUAAGAACCCAGCAAUCUUACUAUUGGAUGAAGCAACAAGUGCAUUAGAUUCGGAAUCGGAGAAGCUAGUACAAGAAGCUCUAGAUCGGUUUAUGAUUGGAAGAACGACUCUAGUCAUUGCACAUCGUCUCUCAACUAUCCGUAAAGCUGACCUUGUGGCAGUUUUGCAACAGGGAACAGUUACUGAAAUUGGUACCCAUGAUGAACUUUUCGCAAAAGGUGAAAAUGGUGUUUAUGCUAAACUCAUUAAAAUGCAAGAAAUGGCUCAUGAAACUGCUGUUAACAAUGCAAGAAAAAGUUGUGCAAGUGCAAGGCCUUCUACUGCUAGAAACUCUAUCAGCUCACCCAUAAUAACCAGGAAUUCAUCAUAUGGCCGAUCACCAUAUUCACGAAGACUAUCUGACUUUUCUACAGCAGAUUUUGUGCACUCUAUCGACGGUUCCUAUGCUAAUUAUAGACAUGAAAAGCUUCCAUUCAAAGCACAAGCAAGCUCGUUCUGGCGUCUUGCCAAGAUGAAUUCUCCUGAAUGGGCGUAUGCUCUUGUUGGCUCAGUUGGUUCUAUAGCAUGUGGUUUCAUAAGUGCCCUUUUUGCCUAUGUUCUUAGUGCAGUUCUUAGUGUCUAUUACAGCCCAGAUCAUGCUUACAUGCGCAGAGAGAUUGCAAAGUACUGUUUCGUAUUGAUUGGGGUUUCUUCCGCAGCUCUUAUCUUCAAUACAUUGCAACAUUUCUUUUGGGAUGUCGUAGGUGAGAAUCUAACGAAGCGGGUUAGAGAGAAGAUGUUGGCAGCAGUACUAAAGAAUGAGAUGGGCUGGUUUGACCUCGAAGAGAAUGAGAGUGCUAGAAUUGCAGCUAGACUUGCAAUGGAUGCCAAUAAUGUUCGAUCAGCAAUUGGUGACAGAAUUUCAGUUAUCAUGCAGAAUUCAGCUCUUAUGCUUGUUGCCUCUUUGACUGGUUUUGUAUUACAGUGGCGCCUGGCCCUUCUCCUCCUUGCCGUUUUUCCUGUUGUUGUUGCCGCUACUGUUUUGCAGAAAAUGUUCAUGAAAGGAUUUUCGGGUGAUUUGGAAGCUGCACAUGCCAAGUCCACUCAGUUAGCUGCUGAGGCAGUGGCCAAUGUCAGAACAGUUGCUGCUUUCAAUUCAGAAGAGAAAAUUGUCGGUCUCUUCUCUGCGAACCUCGAAACACCUCUGAAACGUUGCUUCUGGAAAGGACAGAUAGCUGGAAGUGGAUUUGGUGUUGCCCAGUUCUUACUGUAUGCAUCUUAUGCUCUUGGUCUAUGGUAUGCCUCCUGGCUUGUUAAGCAUGGUAUAUCCGACUUCUCAAAGACUAUCCGUGUCUUCAUGAUUCUAAUGGUGUCGGCUAAUGGUGCUGCUGAGACACUAACUCUUGCACCAGACUUCAUCAAAGGUGGUCAAGCCAUGCAAUCUGUCUUCGAUCUACUUGACCGAAAAACUGAAAUUGAACCUGAUGAUCAUGACACAACUCCAGUCCCUGACCGUUUACGUGGUGAUGUAGAACUCAAACACAUUGAUUUCACCUACCCAUCUCGCCCUGACACACUAAUAUUCAGAGAUCUGUCUCUCCGUGCUAGAGCUGGAAAAACGUUAGCACUUGUUGGUCCAAGCGGAUGCGGUAAAAGCUCAGUGAUUGCUCUAGUUCAGCGAUUCUACGAACCAGCAUCUGGUAGAGUACUGAUUGAUGGAAAAGACAUCCGCAAGUACAAUCUAAAAACAUUACGGAGACACAUCGCAAUGGUACCACAAGAACCAUGUCUAUUUGGUGACACAGUUUAUGAGAAUAUCGCUUACGGACGUGAAUCAGCAACAGAAGCCGAAAUCAUUGAAGCUGCAACAUUAGCAAAUGCACACAAGUUCAUUUCAGGGUUACCAGACGGAUACAAAACAUGGGUUGGUGAGCGAGGAGUGCAGUUAUCAGGUGGACAGAGACAAAGAAUUGCCAUUGCGCGAGCCUUUCUGAAAAAGGCUGAGAUAAUGUUACUAGACGAAGCAACAAGCGCCCUAGACGCAGAAUCAGAAAGAUGUGUGCAGGAAGCCCUGGAUAGAGCUUGUUCAGGACGAACAACAAUUGUUGUUGCACAUCGGUUAGCAACAAUUAGGCACGCAAAUGUGAUAGCUGUAAUCGAUGAUGGCAAAGUAGCUGAACAAGGGUCACAUUCACAUCUACUAAACCAUUUCCCUGACGGUUGCUACGCUCGCAUGAUACAGCUGCAGCGAUUUACGCCUAUGCAACCGAUCGGAAUGGUUUCUGGAUCGAGUUCGUCGGCACAUAUUAAAGGAGCAGACAAAGAAAGUUAGUAACAACAUAGAGUCAGUAAUGGUUUUUCCUGUCAAGUGUUUUUUGGUUUUUGAUUUUCCUUUUUCUUUUUUUGGCGGUUUUUUCUGUUAAAAAUAUAUAGUAGGGAUUUUUAUGUAAUAUAAUUUUCCAGAUUAAAAUGGACUGUUAAAUGACUAAAAUUUAGACUAAAUU